GAGGGCGGAUACUGAAAAAUACGAAUUUGUGUGGCUUAUUUCUUCUACAAUGGCUAACACCGAAAGUUUUGUUCAGUUAGAAGUACAAAUACAUAUUUGUAUGCUUCCAUAUCGACAUCUAAUGUUUGAGAACGAGGAGGUUUUAACAGAAGAUGUGGUCAGUCUGAGGAAUCUGCUUCGAUUGACGGACGUCAGCCUGCAAAGUGUGAGACAGAAACUGAGUCAGUCAGAAGGACAUGAUGACAAGGUUGAGUCUGAGCAGAAGAGUUCUGAUCACCUGACCUUGCAAGACCUGCAGAUACCUGAUGGUCUUUCUCAGUCAGGCUGUGUUUAUCAGGAGAGACGUGCUGUUGCUGGUAGUUUAAGCUCAUCGUCCUCCAGCUCUAGGUCUUCCUCAGUCACAGCCAGGCCGAUAGUGAUGGAGUCUGUUAAUUUGAAGAAGAAGGCCGGCUGUGUGCGUCAGGAGAAUGCCUGCGUGUCCAUGCAGGAUGGGCAGAUCAUCAGUGAUGCUAUGCAGUAUGACCUGGCCACCUUCACAUCGCAGAUUGGCGUCAGAGGCUCCAGGCCUGGUAUUAAAAACAAUGUGGCAGUCAUGAGUCAACAGAUUCGUCGCCUUCAGGCAGAGCUGGAUACUCAAGCGGAAGAACUAAAGGCAGCAGAGCUGAGGGCAGAGUGUAGCCAGGAUGCAGCAGCUCACAGUGACAUUGUGCUGGCGACUCUCACUGAGGAUAUGAGUGCACUCAGAGAAGAGCUGGACACCAAGGCAGCACUCUGCAAACGGGCGGAGCAGCAAAGGAAUCAAGCUCUUCAAAAUGCAGAGAAACUUAAGGAAGCCUUCAAAGAUUAUAAGGCAACCAUAUCCAUUAAACUUAAAAGGGUGAUGGAGAGUGAGAGCAAACUAAAAGAGAGUCUAGUCGAGUGUGACAGAGAAAAAGAAGAGUUAGAAAUGAAGUGCACUUUGUUGGAGAGAGAAAAGGUUGAACAGAGCCAAACAGUGAGCCAGCUGAGGGAGGAGGUGACGCAGUCCAAGUCUGCGGCUGCAGGUCUCCAAUCUCAGCUGGAGGAGACUAAACAAAGGGCCUUACAUCUGGAACAGCAGAUCACAGAGCGGGGAGCAGAGGGCAGGGAGCUUGCCUCUGUACGUAAGGAGCUGGGAGAGCUGCGAACACUGACCCAGGGUCAGGAGCAGAGGAUGGCCCAGAGCUACAGAGAGGCUCAGCAGAGCCGGGCAGAGCUGGACAGCCUGGAGGCCAUUCUGGCCCUGCUGCAUCUACGAGAGGGUGCCGGCGGGCCGCUGUGCGUCAGGCCCUGCAUGUUGCCCCCUGUGGACUUUUCAGGAACAGCACACUUACUAAGUCUAAAGCCAGGUGAAGGCUACCAGCAGCUGCUGCGCGUGAUGCAGUCGUUGCAGGCUGAGCGGACCAAACAGAACAACCUGGCCGAGCGGCUUCAGGAGCGUCUAAGUAGAGCCCAGGAGGAGAUCUCCUCUCUGCAAAGCUCCAUGGCUCAGAGGGCGUCCCACUACCAGAGCCUCCACACGGAGCUGCUGGACAAAGUCAGCCGAGCCACUGACACAGAGAAAGAGUUGAAAAGAAAAAGUGCACGUGUGGCUUCGCUGGAGAAACAGUUACAGGAGAAAACCUCAGCCUACAGCCAGGCUGCACUGACCAACACCGAGCUUGAGAAACAGCUACUGGAGAAAACCAGCACUGUUCAGCAUUACCAGUCACUCAUGACCAAAAAGCAAAGAGAGUACCAGCAGUCUUUGGAGAAGUGUAAAAAUUCUCGAUCUCAACAGUUUACGGAGCAACAGCACAGAAUUGACUUGCUGCAGUCGUCUGUGGAGGAGGCUCAGUCCCGGGUGUUUGAGAUGGAGCAGGAGCUGAGCUCACUCCAGAGGGAGCGAGAUGAGGCCCAGAAAGCAGCACUUCUGCUGCAGAGCUCUGUGGACCAACUCACACAGCAGAGGCAGGUUGAAGUCAGACGCAAUGAGGAAUUGCUGCAGAGUUUCAAAGAGCAGGCGGCUCAGUCUGCCACCAAGGUGGGUGAACUCCAGUCAUCUCUGUCAGCUUGCAGAGAGGAGCUCAACUUGUCCCUGCAGCAGAUGGAGGAGGCAAAGAAGAACUAUGAGAGUGAGCUCCAGAAAAGCAAUGAAAAGGUGUCCUCUUUGCAGGAGAAGCUCCACAGCACCACCCUGGUGUGUCAGAGCUCCAGCGAGCAGAACCUGCAGCUGCAGCUUUCUCUCCAGCAGCAGCAGACCAUGCUGACUGAGAGCACCGCUCACAUCUCUGAACUGGAGGAAAAUCAGAGCCAGCUACAGACUCAGGUGUCCAGUCUCGAGCAGCAGCUGGAACGAGCUCGGGCCUCUCUGCAGGAUGAGGUCAGGAACAGAGAGCAGGAAGUCCAGGAGAAGGACAAGGACCUGCAGGAGCUGAACCAGCAGAACAAGCAACUCUCCGAGUCUGUCAGCAAUCUCUCUUCAGAGAUGACAAAGUAUCGAGGGGAGCUGCUGUCAAAAGAGUCCGAGCUGCAGCGUCUGAAGAGAGACCUCGCUGCCAAGACUGCUCAGCUCAGCCGCAUGGAGGAGAGCCUGCGACACCUGAAGAGCCAGCUCGACAGCAAGGCUGACUUAGUGGUGGACCUGGAAGAGACGCUCCACCGCUGCGAGGCCGACAAGCUCAACUGUGUCCGGCGGGCCCAGAUGCUGGAGGGACAGCUUCAGGCGGUGCGAGGAGAGUUGUCUGACACACUGGAGCAACUCCAGGAACUCAGAGAUGUUCUGCAAAGAACCCAAACCACCUCAGACGAGCGGCAAGCCUCUGUGGAAAAACUGACUGUCCAACUUAGUGAGACCCAGAGGGAGUUGGAGGAGAGAACUCACGAGGUCUUAGACAUGGACAGUGCACUGAAGGAGAGACAGGGGGAGCUCCAACAGAGAGCAAAUCUGCUCGGCCAACUAGAAGUGGCCAUCAGAGAGCACAAGCAGGAGAUGGAGAGGAAGGUGGAGUCACUGCAGCAGCGCCUGGCAGACAGAGAGCGAGAGCUGAGAGACGCACAGAGCGAGCUCACAGACAGAAACAUGAAGGUCAGGAGCAGUCACAGAGAAUCGCAGGAGCUCGGCCAGCAGCUGCGUGUUUGUCAGCAGAAACUUCAGAAUUCAAUGCGAGAGCUCGAUGAAAUUCAGCAUCGCUGUGAGUCUCUGACCAAAGAGCUGGACGCCACCAAGCUGCAUGCCAAAGAGAGGGAGGUCCGUCUGUGCGGUGUGGAGGAGGAGCUGGCGCUGAAGGAGGCACGCUGGCUGGAGCUGGAGGCCGGGCUGCAGAGUACGGUCGUCUCUUUAGAACAGGAGCUGGAGCUGGAGAGGGAGCAGCACAGCAAGGAGCUGGAGUCCCUGCAGCAGACCCGAGGCCAGCUCCUCAAAGUCUCGGAGCAGAUCUCCUCCACCAUGCGCUCCUCCCAGGAGCAGCUUGCCACUAAACUUCAGCAGAGCCAGAGCCAGCUCGACGAGGCCAGGACCCAGCUGGAUCAAACCAAGACUGAGCUGGAUUGCGCCCGGAGCCAACUCGCUCACCUCCAAACACAGAGAGACCAGGCUCAGACCCAGCUCCUUCAGAGUAAAAGUCAACUUGAGCAAAGCAGGAGUCUGUGUGAGCAGACCAGAGCUCAGAACAAUCUCCUGCACAUCCAGCUGGAGCAGCUCAGCGCUCAGUUAAAACAAGCCAGAGUCCAUACCGCCCAGCUCCAGACUCAGCUCCGGGCCUCGGAGAAAUCCAUGGAGACCUCAAACGAGUCCCUGCUCAUCAAGGAGUCUGAGGUGACCCGUCUCCAGGCAAGGAUCUCCAGUCUGGAGCGAGCUGCUGACCACCAGCAUAUUUACAAUCACACACUCUCCCUCCCCGCUCUGCAUCACUUCACACACUCCCCAGAGCGCUCCUCUUCUGUUCACUCCCUUCCUUCCUCCCCCAAAAACCCACAGGUAGCUGUCUCCUCUUCUAAACAGACACACUCCAAUCAGCCUCUCUCCCUGACGCACACACAAACUCGUUCAUCACCCCCUGCUCACACGUACCUCCAGCCCCCUCAUCUGUUGAACCAAACUGAAAGCAACCGAACGUGUGAUUGGCUGCAGAGCAGCAGUAUCAACUCUUCCCUUGAUCUCCCUCCGAGCCUGAAGGCCACAUUGAGGGAGGCUUUGAGCAAGCAGCCUUGGGACUCGUCGUCCUCCUCCAUCCCCUCUUUUCCGGACACAGUGGACCACAGCUGGCAGGGCCUCAGCGGCGUGGAGGCCACGACAACAUCCGACCUCUCCUUCAACCCCCUUACGUACAUGGUGGACGAGCAGGACGACAGAAAGCUCAACAUGGAAGCUACCUCGAUGCAGGACGGAGAGGGUGAGCAAGAGAGUGAGUCGAGGAGGGAGUCAGUGAGUACUCUGGUGGGUCAGGAGGAGGAGGUGGAUAUGAAUUCACUCACGGGGAUGCUGAGGUUUGUUAAUCAGACACUAGCCAUGCAGGAGGACCCUUCUCUGUGGAGCUCCACGGGGAUAUCAGAGACCAGACGCAGUCCCAGUCUGCAGAGGGACAUCAAGGAGACAUGAAGUUGCGAUGCUGAGGAGACAUCAGAGAGGAGAAGAGCUGUUUACACUGAUUCCAUCCUCGUCUGUCAGUGUACAUGCAUAGUCCUGCAUUCAGUAACAUCCCUCAUUAAGUCUGUCCAUUUGGUACAGGUCAGGCUGUAAAACUUGUCUGAAUGAAAAAUGAAUGACCACUUUAGACGGCACUACUUUCAAGUCUGUUAAUGACCAGCUGUGAAGAUGUUUGUAGCAUUUCAGGUUGUGUUUUCCUGUAAACUGUUAUUUAUAUAUUUGUACACUAUUUUAUAUAAGCCAAGUGAAUAAAAGAUGUUUUUUA